GAGAGCAGAGCCAGAGACAAAGGAAGGAAGAGAAGGCAGAAGAACUGUGGGUGAUAGACAGGGAAAGAACAUCCUGGGCAUUAGUUGGCACUGUGACCUUCACCUGCAGUGCCAGCACCUUCGCAUUGCACCCUGAUCUAUUGAAGGCCACCUGUCCUGCAUCCUUCUUGGGGGCAGUCUGGUCCUGCUAACCCUUUCAGUGCCCAGCGUCCUGUCCUUGGUACCUGCUAACCCAACACCUUCUGGACUGUCUGUAGCAGCAUGGCAUUUCUGUAGCAACUUGUAACUUCAAACCUUAGGAUGGUGCAGCACAAGACUGUUGGGGGGAACCCAAAGACACCUGAUGCUGUUCCUGGGGGGCCCAGCUGGUGUAAGACCCCUAGUGGGCACAUCAAACGUCCAAUGAAUGCCUUCAUGGUAUGGUCUCAGAUAGAGAGGCGGAAGCUUAUGUCUCUGUGCCCCAACAUGCACAACGCUGACAUCUCUCGCAGCCUUGGCCAACGCUGGAAGUUACUGGAGGACACAGAUAAAAUCCCAUACGUUCGAGAGGCAGAACGUCUGCGACUCAAACACAUGGCCGACUAUCCCAACUACAAAUACCGACCACGCCGGCGUACUAAGGAUCCAGCUAGCAGAACACGUGCCAGACUGCCCCGUACAACGUCUAGGUGCCAACCUGCUCCCUCGCCAUGCCAGUCGGAAGUGAAUCUGGGAUCCAGCAUGCACUGGGGGGAGGAAAACCCUGAGUGGGGGGGGCACAAAGGCGGCCAAUCAGAAGAGACGCAGAAUCGGGAGUCAUCAGCACGCAGCCCAGAGGUGCCCCCCUACACCCAUGCCCGCUCUUUGCCCUCUUCCCCAGAGCCAGUUGAAGAUGAUGAGGCCCUGGAGGAAAGUCUACCCGAAUUCUGUUCAGGGUCCCUUUGCGUCCCACAAGAGAGAGAGCUUCUUCCAAGCAGCGGGUCCCAUUUCGAGUUUCCAGAUCACUGCACCCCCGAGGUGGUGGAGAUGAUAUCUGGGAGUGGCCUCCUCGGAAGUGUGUCUGACCUCGUGUUCUCCUUCUGAAUUGAGACCCCACGUCCCACAGAGAGGCGUCGGCAGCAGGUAACACCUCGUGGAACUGUCCAUCAUGGACUCCUCCCGGCAACAAGAAAAGGUGAACGCAUGGAACACUCUCACUCUCUGCAAUCUCUGAGCACUUUCCGUCCUGACUGUCUCUCCAGGCACUUAUACUACAGUUUCUCAGGGUGCUCUCUGCUGUCUCUUUCAGCUUGUGGCUCACAGACAGGCUUCCCUGCUUUUGCUCACAUCGCUGUCUGAAUUUUUGCCUGUCUGUCUAAGCACUCUCAUGCUGUCUGCUAGUGCACUCUUUCUAGCUGUCCCUCGAAAGAGUUUUCUUUCAUUCCAAACUGAGCGCUCUCUCCUGUGCUGCCGUCUUCAGGGCUGCAAUACAGACAGACACACUGUGCACAUACAUGUCUACACGCAAAUGUACACUGCGCGUGUCGUUGUCUGUCUGUCAACCUCGCCCUGAACUCAAGACAGGUGCGACAAACUCAGAGUUAAGAGACAGGUAAGGCCAUACAGACUGGUGUGUGUACAAGCCUGUCUGCCUAUCUGUCUGUCUGUCUUUCU